AUGAGUCAAUUACUUGAGAAAGUACUUCAAAUGAAUGUUUAUCUUCAACCUGUACAUUUUUCUAUUUCAAUUAUCUCAAAUACACUUAACAUAUGGAUAUUAAGUUCUCGUGCUCUUCGCCCAUUACCAUGUACACACUACUUUCUCGCAUAUGCUGUCUUAUGUAUCACGUAUACCUUUUUUAUAUGUCCAAUACAAUUUGCACGUGGUUUUUCUAUCGAUUGGGCAAAUACUCCAAUUGGAUGUAAAAUGCAUACGUAUUUUAUAUUCUUAACGCCAUUUUUAGCAAGAUUAACACUUGUAUUAGCUUCAUUUGAUCGUUAUCGUUCAAGUUCCCAUCCACAUCGACUUCAUUUAACAAAUACGAUACAAAAAGCAAGGAUAACUAUUGUUAUUGGUACAAUAGUGUGUAUAAUCUAUAUGUCACCAAUGUUGGUUAUGUACUACUCAAAACAACCCAUCGGUACAUGUCUGCAAAACUCAAAUCUACUUAUCAGUAUUUAUGUUUUCAGUCAAAUUCUUCUUUAUUAUAUAUCAGCACCUCUAUUAAUGAUCAUAUUCGGUCUGUUGACUAUAUCUAAUACUCAACAGCACAUCGCUCGUAUAGGACCUCCAUUACAUGUUGCACAUGGUCGUCGAACCGAAAGACAAUUAACUCGAAUGUUGCUUGUUCAAGUAAUUGUUCAUCUCGUUCUAACUGUCCCAUUCGGUAUUAUUUACAGUAUGAAUGCGUUUGAUCCAUCAACAAGAACACCGAAUAAUAGAGCCGUGCGUCAAAUAUUACUCAUAUGGCAACAAUGUGAUAAUUUCGUUCCAUUUUUUCUUUAUGUUCUUUCUGGAAGCGCUUAUCGAAAACAACUUGUUUCUAUAUUAAAAUUUAUCAAACGUACAAAUUAA